CGCCGCGGCAUUCAAAUUCCGCCACACUCCUCCCCCUUUUCGAAUUGAAUGCAAAGAGGGAGGCAUUUCCUCAAAACCUUCCGGCGAACCUCGUCGUCUCUCUCCACCACUCAUCAGAUGGAACAGGAAGCGCAUUACAGCUUCAACCCAAGCUUGCGAUGGAAUCCCGAGGUGGAAGACUACUUCACCAAAGCUUAUGGAGCUGAACACUUUGCUCGCAUCUCCACUGCCCUCACGCGGCCAUCUUGUUACUCUUGCAUUCGUGUUAAUACGCUUAAGUCGACGAGUGAUAAUGUUAUUGAGAAGCUUUUGAAAAUUUUGAGGGAAAGAAGGCGAGAAAAUGGUAGUGAUGAGAAGCGGUUAGAGUUUAGUGGAAGUACGGAGUGUACUUGGCCUAUAGAAAGUAUCUCAAAAUGUCAGUUUCCUGGGCUAGAUUAUGUAGUUUUUAUUAAAGGUUCAGGGCCACAUGCUAUUGAUUAUGGAUACAAGGAAGGUAAACCGCCAAAGGAGGUGAUUGUAAGCCGAAAAUGUGCAGAGGCAGUUCUUCGUGGUGCCCAAGUAUAUGUGCCUGGUGUUUUGGCCUGCAGUGCUCAUGUUGAGAAAGGGGAUGUGGUUGCAGUUUCAGUUGCUGUGGAACAGCCUUGUCCUGAAGGCGGAUGGGGUAUUGGUAUGACACGUGGGACUGUCCUACAAGGAUCACCCACAGAUCCUCUUUAUUUUGAAAGGAAUGGUCUCUAUAUUGGUCAAGGGACCACAAUGUUGUCACGAGCUGGGAUCUUUCGUGUACCACAAGGAGUUGCUGUUGAUAUGCAUAAUAGAGUGUUUGAACUGCCCUCCUUCAAUGAGUUGCUCGAGGGAGAAAUCUUUCUUCAAAAUUUGCCAAGCAUUAUAGCUGCACAUGCCUUGGAUCCUCAACCAGGAGAGAGGAUACUUGACAUGUGUGCUGCUCCUGGAGGUAAAACAACUGCAGUUGCAAUUCUUAUGAAGGACAAAGGGGAGAUAGUUGCUGCUGAUAGAUCUCACAAUAAGGUGCUUGAUAUCAAGAAAUUGGCUGCUGAGAUGGGUUUGAAUUGUAUAACCACAUAUAGACUUGAUGCACUGAAAGCUUGUCGGCGAACAUGUGAAGAUAGUGAUUUGCCUAUUCUGCAUGUCAGUGAUGAGGUUCAGAGUACUCCAUCAGAUCCACUAGGGUCGGGAAUGGACAAAACGCAAUCCACUAGUACAAAUGGUUUGGAUGCCGAGUUAAUUUCACAGACAAAAACUGAAAAUGUGCAAACAAGAAGCGGUGGUUACACCAGCAAAGCUGAGUUACGGAAGAGUAUUAGGAGAAUGAAAAAUGGGCCUGGAAGGAAUCACUGCUCUGGUGGUAGGGUUGAAAAGUCUAAUGGAUUUGCUCCAAAUAGCUUUGAUCGUGUUCUCCUUGAUGCUCCUUGUUCUGCUCUAGGUUUGAGACCCCGACUGUUUGCUGGGGAGGACACUGUUGAAUCAUUGAGGAAUCAUGCCAAGUACCAGAGGCGAAUGUUUGAUCAGGCAGUUCAGCUUGUUCGCCCUGGUGGAGUUCUUGUGUAUUCCACAUGCACCAUAAACCCUGGUGAGAAUGAAGCAUUGGUUAGAUAUGCAUUGGAUACAUACAAGUUUCUCUCACUAGCAGAGCAGCAUCCGAGAGUUGGAGGACCUGGUCUUACUGGUUGCUGCCAAUUUCCCGAUGGAUAUACUGAGGAAUGGUUGAAGCCUGGAGAGGAAGACUUUGUUCAGAGAUUUGACCCAUCAUCUCCCCUUGAUACAAUAGGGUUUUUCAUUGCUAAGUUCAAAGUUGGGUCCAAAAGCGACUCCGCUUAAAUGCAUAAACUACGCUCUCCGAGUCUUUAGCUAGGUAUUGCAGCGACUAAAAAACUUUCUAAUUUUAGACUUUCAAGUGUCAUAGAAAAAUUCUAAGUAUUAUACUUCAUCAUGUAACCUCCUAUGAUAGUUGAAGCAUGGGAACACGAAGAACAUUAUGUUCUGAGUGCUGAGGCAUGUUAGCAAUAGUCUUUUGUUGUAAAACUCGUCUCUUUUUUGACAAUCUGAAAGAAGCUAAUGUAUAACAUUUGAUUACGUUUUUGGCUAUAUUCUUGAAA